AUGGAGCUCCAGUUCCAGCAGCAGCAGCAGCAGCAGCAGCAGCAAUGCCAGUACGAGGCGGCGGUGGGCAAGGCGGCGGCGGCGGCGGCGAAGGGGAGGGGUAGCAGCAAGUGCAAGUUCGUCGGGGUGAGACAGCGGCCGUCGGGGAGGUGGGUGGCGGAGAUCAAGGACACCACGCACAAGAUACGGGUGUGGCUCGGCACCUUCGAGACCGCCGAGGAGGCCGCGCGCGCCUACGACGAGGCCGCAUGCCUCCUCCGGGGCUCCAACACGCGGACCAACUUCGCCACCGCCGCCCCCGCCGCCGCCUCCUCGCCGCCGGACUCGCCGCUGGCGUCCAGGAUCCGCACCCUGCUCACCCACAAGAAGCUCAAGAAGAGCGCCUCGCCACCGCCGCCGCGGGCGCCGUCCCAGCAGCCCGCUGUUACCAUCAGACUCGCCACGGCAGCUAGUAAUGGCAGCGCCGGUAACAACACCAGCAGCACCAGCUCGACCAUCAGCUUCGCCAUGAGCGCCAGUGGAGCCGCCGCCCACCACACCCCGACUCCCACCAGCCUCUCUAACCACAUGACUUACCACCAGUGGAUCAGCCACGGCAGCGAACAGCUCCAUCAACACCUCGAGCAUCAGCCAUGGCCUGCAACGCUGAGCCCCGCCGUCCCGACGCUCGCCGCCCGACGCAACGUGGCCGAGUGCCGGGUGAUCGCGGACGGGGCGAGGCCGGAGAAGCAAGAUCAAGACUCCGCGUCGCCCGGCGCCGCCAUGAGCGGGGUCGUCCAGCAGGAGCAGGACGACGGGUUCGACAUCGGGAACGACCCCUGCGACUCGCUGUGGGAUCUGCCGCCGAUCUGUCAGCUGUCCUGCCUGGCAGGUCUCUCAUCAUGUACUAGAGGUUGA